AUGGACAGCGAGGAAGACAAGCUGAGAAACUGUGUGGUAUGUGGGGACCGAGCCACAGGCUACCAUUUCCACGCGCUGACUUGUGAGGGCUGCAAGGGCUUCUUCAGACGCACAGUCAGCAAAAGUGCUGGUCCCACCUGCUCCUUUGCUGGGAGCUGUGAAGUCAGCAAGGCCCAGCGUCGCCAUUGCCCAGCCUGCAGGUUGCAGAAGUGCCUAGAUGCGGGCAUGAGGAAGGACAUGAUCCUGUCAGCAGAAGCCCUGGCACUACGGAGAGCCAAGCAGGCCCAGCGCCGGGCCCAGCAAACACCCACACAGCUGAGCAAGGAGCAGGAGGAGCUGAUCCGAACACUCCUCGGGGCCCAUGUCCGCCACGUCGGCACCAUGUUUGAACAGUUUGUGCAGUUCAGGCCUCCAGCUUCUCUGUUCAUCCAACACCAGCCCUCACCCACCCUGGGCCCCGUGCUGCCUCUGCUUAUGCACUUUGCAGACAUCAACACCUUCAUGGUACAGCAAGUCAUCAAGUUCACCAAGGACCUGCCUCUCUUCCGGUCCCUACCCAUGGAGGACCAGAUCUCCCUUCUCAAGGGAGCAGCUGUGGAAAUCUGUCACAUCGCACUCAACACCACUUUCUGUCUCCAAACGCAAAACUUCCUGUGUGGGCCUCUUCGCUACACGAUGGAAGACGGAGCCCAUGUGUCUCCCCCAGUGGGAUUCCAGGUAGAAUUUCUGGAGCUGCUCUUUCGCUUCCAUGGGACGCUGCGAAGAUUGCAGCUCCAGGAGCCCGAGUAUGUGCUCCUAGCUGCCAUGGCCCUCUUCUCUCCUGUUCCCUACCUUACAGACCGCCCCGGGGUGACCCAGAGAGAGGAGAUUAAUCAGCUGCAGGAGGAGAUGGCACUGACUCUGCAGAGCUACAUCAAGGGCCAGCAGCCGAGGCCCCGGGAUCGGUUUCUGUAUGCGAAGCUGCUGGGCCUUUUAGCUGAGCUCCGGAGCAUUAACAAUGCAUAUGGGAACCAGAUCCAGCACAUCCAGGGACUGUCGGCCAUGAUGCCACUGCUCCAGGAGAUCUGCAGCUGAGGCCGAGGCUCACUUCCUUCCCCAGCUCGCCUGGGAUACACUGGACUGGAAGGGGAAGAUGCUGGGACCAGAGAUUGGGUCCAGUAGAAAGACAGCCCGGUGGUGGCAAUGAAAGACUAAAGCAA